UACCUUUAGACGCACAAAGCUAGCCGCUGUAAAAGCGAAUGAAAUAAUUACAAUAGUGAAUUAAAUUGUUCUUUUAAAGAUUGUGUAAAUUUAUAAAUACAUAUCGCGUAAUUUAAACUCAAUAAGGUGGAAUUAUAUGGCAGUAUGUUGAUAAAAGUUAACUAGUGAAAAGUGACAUAUAAUGUCUAAGUAAAGUUGUACUAUUGAAUCGAAACUUUUUGACAGUGAAAGUACGAUAUUUAAGAGUAUAGUACUUAAUUAUUAAAUAAUAUUGUUUUUAAAAGUAUUAGAUUGUUUAUUAUUUAUUUUAAACGGCAACUAAUUUAUAAAAAUAAUAAAUUACGAUUUUUUAUUUGUAUUAGAACUGCAUCGUAACUGUCGAGUGUAUGUGUUUUAUGUCACUGCAACUUGUGGCAGCACUGCUGCUUCUUUAAUAAUUAACCAAACAAAAUGGACACCGAGACACUAAUUAUAUGGAAAGAAACUCAUGAGUUUUUAAUUCGAAUUUAAACUUACAGGAUUAUGUUAUCACUAUUUUUAAAAAUAAAGUAAUAAACCUCUUAAAAGAUGGGUACACUGCUGAUAAUAGCACAUGUUAGUCAAUACUCUCUCAUGCCUAUGAUGGAGGCUAGGAGUAAUGAAGCGUAAAGACAUGGACUCAUACGAUCUAUUUGGAGAAGAUGUCAGUGGCUCGAUGCUUGAUGCCCUUCCUGAUCUUGGAGGGAAUGAUCAUUUCGAUCCAGCCGGCGCAGCUAAUCCUGUCGUAACAUCUCGAGAUGGUACGAAUUCUGGACCUAACGGAGGAGGGAGUUACAUUAAUUCAUCGUAUAGUAUUUCGCAAGAAACUCCUCUGCAGAAAUUAGCAUCCUUCGGUGGUGCUGAAUUUAGUAACGCAAAUCAAUUACAGAAUCCAAAUCAGCGCACAAUGUUUAAUCAAAAUUUAGGAACGUUUGACGGUAAUUCUGCGCAAAGAAGUAUUGUGCCUGGAUCAUUCCAAAAUCAAGUUAGAAAUAUGAUCCCACAGCAUAGAGGUCCACAUCCUAUAGCAGGAAGCCAGUAUCCAGGUUACUCAGACAAUAUGUAUUCUAUGGAGCAACAACAUCCAAUGGCAAGAGCAAGUAUGAGUAUGGAUCCAAAUAUGCAAGGAUGGUCUGGGAACAGUUCGUAUACUCAACUACAGAGGCACUAUAAUCAAAUGGCACCUCAAUCAACAUCUUAUAGACAACAUAUGUCUCAGUAUUCUCAGGCACAAGAUCAAUCAGGAAUCAAUCAGAAGAUUCCACAGCAGCAACAUUUUGGGCCGCAGCAAGGUAUGUUAGGAAAUAUAGGUGUACCUCAUCAAAGUAUGCAAGCUGGAGGUGCAGGUGUUGUGUAUCAACAUAUGGUCAGCCAGCAACAACAUUAUCAACAAAAUCCAGCAGGAAUAUAUCAGACAUCUGGUGGAUUUUCGAGUUUUGCGUCAGCAAUGCAUCAGCAGCAGCAGCAACAACAACAACAACAACAACAACAGAGCCCGCAACAGUCACAACGAAUGCCACAUCACCAUCCGUCCCUCGCGACUCAUCAAAGUCAUCCGUCGCAUUCACAAUAUCCUCAACAUUCUCAGCAACAUCCUGUCAAUCAGCAGCAGCCUUUAGAUUCGCAGUAUCCUCAUCACACACCCCCAGUAUUUAAUCAACCACAACACACUGGAGCGCAACACCCUGGUCCUCCGCAUACAUCACCACAACUUCCAGGAACGCAGCUUUCAGGGCCGCCGCUCCCGACUCCACAACAUACGGGUUCCAAUACGCAAUUUGGGCAGUCAAAACUUGCUACAAGUCCCCAAUAUCGUGCUACGUUUCCUCAAUUGUCUCCACAAAUGUCUCCAAGACCACAAAUGUCCCCACGACCACCACCUGUUCAACAACAAAUGUCUCCGAGACCAAUAAUGUCGCCAGUUAAACCGGCGACUCUGUCACCACAUUCACAAGUUCAAAUUUCACAUCAACAACAAUCGAAUCAGGCUAGUUCUGUUUCUGUACCACCUUGUCCAUCUGCAUCAAUGUCUUUAAAUUCAUCCAUUACUCCUCAGCAAACUACUCUACAAGCAUUGGAACAAAUGGUUAUCCCUGGUGUAGCUACUUCUAAUUCAAAUAAAUCAUCGCAAGAUUAUACUCAAUUUCAAACUCGACCGCCAAUGUCUCAUUCUUCUAAUCUUAUUACGUCGCCAAAAAAUUCAAUGCCGAUGAUGCCUAAUCCAAGAAUGCCGGUUCCGUCUCAAUGGCCUCAUUCGCAACAACAGCAAUCACAACAACAUUCUCAACCUCCACAUCCACAGUUACAAUCGCCUCAACCACAGCAAACUCAGCCACAACACCAGCCACAGGGACAUCCUCAAUCGCAAAUGCUGUCAAAUAUGAAUGUUACUGAUAGCCGAAAUAUCACUGAUUCUCAGCCAACUUCGAUGACAGAACAAGUAUCGAUGUUUCCUGUUAGUAGUAACGAAAAUGUACAUAGUGUUGUUGGAACAACAAGAGAUUCAUCUGAAAAUAUAUCAAACACUGUAGUUGGAUCUUCUUCUCAAGAUUCUGAGAUCGUAGAACAGUCGAAUACUACAAAAAGUUUGGAAACACUUAAUCAACCAACAGAAGAUUCAGUUAUAAGUAAAUCAACUCAAAAAAUGGAACAAAGUGCUGUAAUAAAAUCAUUAGAAAUCGAAUCUGUGCAGACACUUCCAGCUUCGAGUACAAGCGGCAAUAUUGAUUGUAGCACACCCCCACCAACGAUGCCAUUACAGUCAUCGAGUAAUACUUCAGCUUCUAUACCGAUAUCCAGUGAAGAUAAUGAAGCGUCUAAUUCGAAAGUUGAUGAACAAUCUGAGUUGAAUUCGUAUCAAAAUUUACCAACUUCCGAUGGACCUGCAAUUACAUCUUCUCAACAUUCAAUCAUUAGCCCAUCACAACCACAGCAAAUACAGCAACUUCAUACAGGACAGUCUAUAGUACCACAACAUAUACAAUCUCAAAAUGAGCAACAACCUCAUCAAUCUCUACCCAACCAUCUUCACCAUUUACAGAUGAAUCAAACUCAUUUACAAUCGCAACAGACGUUAACAAGUCAACAAUCCAUUCAGACAGGACAAUCGCAAAUGUUGCAACCACAGCAACAAUCAUCGGCUGAUUCAGUUCAGUCUCAAGUCUCUCAACAACCCCUAAUUAAUCAAUCUCAAUCUCAAAUCAAUCAACAAUCUCAGCCAGUUUUUCAACAGCAGCAACAACAACAACCACAACAACAACAACAACAACAACAGCAGCAGCAGCAACAACAACAACAACAAAUGUCGACAGAUGCUACUCAAUCACUACUUUUGGGCCAAAUCCCACAAACAGGUCAAAUUCAACCACUUCAAACGACACAAACUCAAAACAUCCAGCUUCCUCCAGCUAUGCCAGCAGUACAAAUGAAUCAACAAUCAUCAGCGCAAUCUUCGAUACCUCAACCACCUCAUCAAUCUCAACAACAAUCUCCAGUGAUACCUCCAAUGCAAUCACAACAGUCUCUUGUCACUCAACAAAUUAAUAUAAAUAGUAACAACAAUAAUAAUAACAAUAAUGCAUCAUCUCAAUUGCAAGCAACACAAUCUAUUCCGCAGACACAUAUGGAUGUUCAAUCACAAUUACCUUCUGUAGUCCAAUCUACAAAUGUUGGAGUUGUAUCUCAUCAAACUACUACCGGCCCCUUACCCAACAGUCAAUCGCCUCAUUCGGUUCAGUCAGGUUUCGGUGAAUACACAAAUAUUCAAAAACAGGGUGGGAUUUACCCGAGCGAAAUGAUUGUAGGAUCAGGGCAGCCGCAGUAUCACACUGGUGCCGACACUGUAGGGAAUACAGCUAUACCAAAAAUAUAUGGAAUGUCUUCCGGGCAAACAUCAAAUGUUGUAGGAGGAGGCUUGAAUAGUUCUUCUACAGUAAUGACGCAUCAUCAGGAAAGAGCUGCACUUCAGCAACAACUUCAAGAAUUAUUUUGUAUGGCUCCAUCCCCUGAAAAUCAGGAAAAAAUCACUGCCCUACAGGAAAAGUUACAAGCACUGCAGCAGCAUGAAACUAAUGAUCAAUGCAAUGGUGGAGCUCAUUGUAUUUUGCAAACCCCACUGUUCACCUCUGCGGUUGUUGAUAGUCCUCAAGUUUCCAGUACAACCGGCCGCGGUCGUAGCAAAGGUACUCCAAGAACAAAGAAAAAUAGGAAGAAAGUCGAUAAAGAAGUAGUUACACCUGUUUUGAAUCAGUCUAUAUCACAGCCGGAACAACCUGUAUCAGACAAUCUAGUCACUCCUGGAGACAGUAGUAAUAUAAUUGAUAGUGUAGCUGAUUUCGAGGAUAAUAAACCAUCAUCUGGUAAUACAGAGGACGAAUGGAAUAAAAGUAGAAAGUCGCGACAACCUAGAAAACCACGAAAGCCAAAAGAAUCUAAAGAAGCAAAAGAAAAGUCAGUGAAGAAAGAGCCAAAGUCUUGUAAGGAAAUAAAAUCUAAAGGAAGGAAGAAAAAAGACAAAGAAGGAAAAGAAUGCUUUAAGCGAGGAAGAAAAAAAGCUGUACAGUCUGACUCCGCUGAUGAAGAAACAGGACGUGAAAUCGGCAAUGUGUCUGAUUCAAAAAGUGUCCAAGAUGCAGAUAUAAAAUGCAAUGACGCACCGAUUCAGGAUGAUCAAGAACACGUAGACUCGUCCACUGUUGAACCAAUUUUGACGGAGAAAGAUGAAGAUGAUGAAAAAGUUGAUGCUGAGGAACUAGAUGAAGAUACAAAAAAAGAUGACUUGAAAAAAUCUUCUGAAUCAAUAACUCCAGCUAAAAAAAAAUCCUCUCGGAAACGAUCAGUUGGAGGUAAAUCGUCUGCUGGGCGAUCACCUAGGAGUUUCAAAAAACGAAAAAAUCGAAUGGCACCAGAUUCUGAUGGCGAAGAAUUGGCAGCAACUCCACCGCCUUCUCCAGAAGCUGGCGAAGAUGCUAAUAAACGACGAUCCGCUAGAAAUACUCACAGAAAAAAAUAUAUCGAUGAUGUUAUGCUAAGAUUUUCUGACGACGAAGUACCUCUUUCAGAGUCACAUGCUAAUAAAAAAUUAGAAGGCUCUAGUGUUAAAGUUGCAUCCACUAAAAAAGACAGUGAUACAACUGAAAUUACACUCAAUAAACCAAACUUUGUUUACAUAAAUACUACCGAUGAGGAUUCAAUGGUAGUACAGCACAUUCUGUGCAUGAGAAUGGGUAAGAGAGAGAUUAAAGAACCAAUUUUAACAGAAAUUAAAGAAGACGAUAAGACUGCUAGUACUGAACAAACCGCAUCUUCUCAGCCAAAUCCUUCUGACAAAACUACGGAUUCUCCGAUAGAUGAAAAAUCGGAUGAAGUAGUUGACGAUUCAACAGAAGACAUAAAAAAGGAUAAAGAAGAAGAGGAAGAAGAAGGAGAAGAAGAAGAAGAAUCUAAUGAAAAUAAACCAUUGGUGGAAGAAGCAUCGAAGAAAGAAACAGAAGAAAGUGAACAGACGAAUGAAUCGACAGAAGUCACAGAGCCAAGUGAUACUAAAGUUGAAGAAUCUGAAGAGCUUGGAUGUACUAAAAACUUGAAAUCGGAAACAAAGUCACGAACUAUUGAAGUUGAAGAAUAUUUAGUUAAGUAUAGAAAUUUUUCAUACUUGCAUUGCGAAUGGAAAACAGAAGAAGAAUUAUACAAAGGAGACAAAAGAAUCCAAGCUAAAUUGAAAAGAUUCAAGCAAAAAAUUCAACAAAAUACCAACAUCUUUGAGAAUACAGAAGACGAUCCCUUUAACCCAGACUUUGUUGAAGUCGAUCGUGUAUUAGAUGAGGCGACUCAUACUGAUCCUUUAACUGGAGAAACAGUGCGGCACUAUCUCGUUAAAUGGCGUUCUUUACAAUAUGAAGAUUCUACUUGGGAAUUAGAAGAAGAUGUUGAUCCUGAAAAAAUAGCGCUUUUCCAUAAGUUCAAUAAACUUCCGCCAAAAGAUCAAUGGAAACCGAAGAAAAAACCCAAUGCUUCGGCAUGGGUGAAGCUCAAUGAAUCACCAAUUUACAAAGGAGGAAAUAGUUUAAGGCCGUACCAAUUGGAAGGAUUGAAUUGGUUACUUUUCUCCUGGUAUAACGUACAUAAUUGUAUUUUAGCCGAUGAAAUGGGUUUAGGAAAAACCAUUCAGUCUUUAACGUUUGUUGAUGCUGUAUAUAAAUAUGGUAUUCGAGGCCCGUUUUUGAUAAUUGCUCCGCUCUCAACUAUUCCCAAUUGGCAACGUGAAUUUGAAGGAUGGACUGACAUGAAUGUGGUUGUGUAUCAUGGCUCGGCAGCUAGUCGGACUAUGCUUCAAGAGUAUGAAGUUUAUUAUAAAAAUGAUAAGGGACAACAAAUAAAAGAUUUAAUUAAAUUUAAUGUUUUAAUCACAACUUUUGAAUUCAUAAUAACUGAUUUCAAUGAGUUGAAAGGCUACAAUUGGAGAUUGUGUGUUAUUGAUGAGGCUCAUAGAUUAAAGAAUAGAAAUUGUAAGCUACUGGAAGGCUUGAGACAAUUGAAUUUAGAACACCGAGUUCUUCUGUCUGGUACACCGCUUCAAAAUAAUGUUAAUGAACUGUUUUCAUUAUUAAACUUUCUUGAGCCUACCCAGUUCUCUAGCAGUGAAGCAUUUUUGAAAGAAUUUGGUAAUUUAAGUUGUGAAAGUGAAGUUAACAAAUUACAACUUCUUCUUAAACCUAUGAUGUUAAGAAGACUAAAGGAAGAUGUUGAGAAAUCUCUAGCUCCUAAAGAAGAAACUGUUGUUGAAGUCGAGUUAACAAAUAUUCAAAAGAAAUAUUAUCGCGGUAUAUUAGAGAGAAAUUUUUCUUUUUUAGCUAAAGGAACCACAUCAGCAAACAUUCCUAAUCUUAUGAACACAAUGAUGGAAUUGAGAAAGUGUUGCAUCCAUCCAUUUUUGUUGAACGGUGCUGAGGAUCAAAUUCAACUUGACUAUAAAGAUAAAGAAGAUGCUGAAGCAUAUUUUCAUGCGUUGGUCAAUAGUUCCGGAAAGAUGGUGCUUAUUGACAAGUUAUUACCGAAAUUAAAAUCAAGCGGUCAUCGAGUUUUAAUUUUCAGCCAAAUGGUCAAGUGCUUGGAUUUGUUAGAAGAUUAUCUUCUCUAUAAAAAAUAUCCCUAUGAAAGAAUUGAUGGGAGAAUUCGCGGUAAUUUGAGACAAGCUGCUAUUGAUCGUUACAGCAAACCUGAUUCAGACAGAUUUGUCUUCUUACUAUGCACCAAAGCAGGAGGUUUAGGCAUAAAUCUUACUGCUGCUGAUACUGUCAUUAUUUAUGACAGUGAUUGGAAUCCACAGAAUGACUUACAAGCGCAGGCAAGAUGUCAUAGAAUUGGCCAACAGAAAAUGGUUAAAGUUUACCGUCUGUUGUGUCGUAAUACCUACGAACGAGAGAUGUUUGAUAAGGCAUCCAUGAAAUUAGGACUUGAUAAAGCUAUUUUGCAAUCUAUGAAUACUACUCAAGGUGGUAAAGAUCCUGGCAACAAGCAAUUGACAAAAAAAGAAAUCGAAGAUUUACUGAAAAAAGGAGCUUACGGUGCGAUUAUGGACGAUGACAAUGCCGGAGAUAAAUUUUGCGAGGAAGAUAUUGAUCUUAUUCUCGCACGAAGAACUCAAAUAAUUACUAUUGAAGCUGAAAAAGGAUCGACAUUUUCCAAAGCUAGCUUUGCUUGUUCUUCUAAUAGAUCUGAUAUUAAUAUUGAUGAUCCUGAUUUUUGGAAGAAGUGGGCUAAGAAAGCAGAAAUUGAUACGACUGAGAAAAAAGAAGAAGAGGAUCUUGUUAUUUCUGAGCCAAGAAGAAGAACUCAAAUCAAGCGAUAUGGACAUGAUGAAUCCGUUGUUGACAUGUCCGAGUUAGACAGUUCAGAUGACAGUGACGAUGAUAAUACUGGCUUAUCAGGUAGAGGAAAGAAAAGACGUGAUAAGUUCGGGAAGAAGAGCCGAAAACCUUGUGACGAAUAUGUACCCCGAGAGGGUGAAGUUGUUUAUGGAAAUUGGGCUCGAAGUGAGUGUUUUAAAGUUGAAAGAGGGCUAUUAACUUUCGGGUGGGGCCGUUGGGAAGAAAUUCUCCAGCAUAGCCAAUUUCGUCGUGGUUGGCGGGAUGCUGACAUUGAAGAUUGUGCUCGUGUUAUUUUACUUUUCUGUCUCCGUUAUUAUCGCGGUGAUGAAAAAAUACGGAACUUUACGUGGGAUUUAAUAACACCAUUAGAAAAUGGUGAAAAAAUUAAGUCCGUAUGUCCCAGUGCAUCUAAUAGAACAAAUAGACAAAAGAAAAAAAGCCGAGUAAGGGAAGGCCGUGAAACUCGAGGAUCUGCGGUCAAUAGUGGACCCAAUGAUCCUAAUCACUGGAGUCAUGCUGAAAAGUAUGACGGAGAUAUUUUUUUGGAAAAUACUUACAAAAAACAUCUUAGUCGUCAUGCGACAAAAGUUCUUCUGCGCGUUCGAAUGUUGUAUUACAUCAAACAUGAAAUCAUUGGAGAUCUUGUUCAACAUAUAUCUGAUGGAGUUCAUGUUAGUGCGUUGCGGAUAGAACCUCCUCAGUUACCGGAACAACCAACAAAAUGGUGGGAUCCGAUGGCAGACAAGUCACUUAUAGUCGGCUGCUACAAACAUGGUUACGAGAAUUACGAUUUGAUGAGGACCGAUCCCACGCUUUCUUUCAUUACAAGCUGCCCUCUCCUUUCCCAGACUAAGACCAGUCAAACAGAACAGCUAAAAGAGGACAGUAACCUUGAUCAAGAUAUAGAUGAUAACGAGUCCUUAAGUAUACCUAAGGAUUCUAAAGACUCGGAUAAAUUCAGUAAAGACACACCAAGUGAUUCACCAGCUGUAUCCAAUAAAGCAGAUACUCCUGUACCAGAAACCAGUAGUAGUCACGAUGGAAACGAAAUUUUAGUCGACGACGAAAAAAUAUGGCCAUCAGUGGUAGACCUAAAUACACGUUUACGUCGUGUCAUUUCUUCUUACCAACGGAGUAUUACUAAAAAAGAUGAAGUAAAUAAAAAUGUUCCGAAAGCCGGGAAAUCAAGUAUGGACGUCGAAAUGACUAAUCAGACUGUAACCGCCACCGAUCCAACCCUUAAUAUGCAAGGAUGGGAUUUACAGCAACUUGCUAUGUAUCUUUUGAAAAUGGAAAGAAGAGAAAAAAUGGAGGCUAUGGUCAAAGAGCGUGAAAGAACUCGUAUUGAAGAGCAGAAGGCGAAAUGGUCUCGCCGAGAAGAAGGUGAAUUCUUCAGGGUGAUUUCUACUUACGGUGUCAAUUACGACCGGAAAAAGGCACAAUACGAUUGGACGAAAUUUAAGAGCAUUGCUAAAUUUGACAAGAAAACAGAUUCUGAUCUCACCGAUUAUUAUAUGUCAUUUAGAAUCAUGUGUAAAAAAGUUUCUAAUAUGAAAAUGUCAGAUGAGGAUGAUGUUUUGAUGGAUCAAUUGACCCCAAGUAAAGCCCGACAAAUACUUGAUCGUGUUGAUCUUCUCAGUAAAAUUAGAGAAGAAAUUUUAUCUCAUCCACAUCUUGAAGAACGACUCAGUUUAUGUCAGCCUUCAGGUGACACACCCGAUUGGUGGAUCCCCGGGAAACAUGACAAAGAGUUAUUGCUUGGUGCUGCAAAACAUGGGUUAGGACGAACUGAUAUUACUAUCCUACAUGACUUAGACUUUUCAUUUCACAAAAUACUGGGUAAAAGUAUAUUUGGAACACCAUCUUCGUCAAUGCUUCUUAGCAAAGCAGAAAAAGUUGUAAAAGUAAACAACAAAGAAGACAUACUAAAGUUUGACAAAAAUGAAAUUCUGGUCAAACUUGAAAAAGGAGAAGGAACAUUAAAAAUUGAAAAGGUUGCUGUUAAAAAAGACAAAGAUACAUUUAUUGAAAAGAAGUUUGAUGAUAAUGUUGAUAUCAGUCAAGCAGAAUUAACGAUUGUCAAGACUGAAAGUAAAACUGAAGAUAAAUACUCCAGUGGUUCUUUGACCAUUACUACCGUACCAAUGUCUAAAUCAACUGAAACUAUUGAAGAUGAUGAAAUGACAACAGAUCUUACUGAUAAAAAAACAGUUACUGAACCAGAGAGUACUGAAGAGAAAAAUGAGGACGAUACGAAAAUGGAAAAUAUAUCGUCAGAAAAAAGUGAAAAAAUAAAAGAUAAUAAAGAAGCGAAAGUAAAUGUCAUAGACCUUGACAACAAAGAUGACAAAUCAAAAAUUGAAGAAAUUAUUGAGGAAGAAGCCACUGAAGAGAAAGAAGAUGUAGAAAUUAAAUCUACUGCAAGUCCUAAAGAUGAUACUGAACAUAACAAGACUCCAGAAAAGAAAGAGCAAGAUAUUGAAGUCGGAGAAUUGAGUAAAAAUAUCGAAAGUGAUGGAGAAAAGUCGCCUGAAAAGUCAGACAAAGACUUGAAAAGCAAGUCGAUAAAUGAUGAAAACUCUGAGAAGCUUAAAUUGACAUCUGUCAAUGAUGAGAAUGAGGGAAAUAAAAAUGAAAAUUCAUCUCAAGUUACAAAGAGCCCAGAAGAAUCCAAGCCAGAGCCAAAAGUUGAAGUGGACCCUGAAUGUGGACCAGAACUUCCAACUAAAGUUUCCGAAUCUCAAUCAGCAGAAAAAGUUGAAGAACAAAGUGUGAAAAGUGAAAUCAAAGUAAAAGCCGACGAUGCGGCGGCCAUUGAAACAGGAGUGCAAAAAAUUUCUGAUGUUGAAGAGAAAUGCAGUGUUCAGGCAGCUGAACUCAAGGCAAUGUUCCCUGAUUUAGAAGUAAUACAACCUCUCUCGAGAUUGACGCAGAUUGACACUUUCGUACUGCGUGAGAAAACUGUUGAUUUUCCUGAGUCUACAGUGGCUCAACUUUUCACCCAUAACUACCCAACUUCCGUCAAGUGGCUCAAAGAGCAUGCCAUUGAAGCCCGUUUGAUGCACAUUGUUCAUGCAAUUGAACACAAAGAAUGGCCUGUCGCUAUUAAUUUCACCGCUGGUGAUGAAAUGGAAGUAACAUCCAAUGAAAAAGAUAAUUCAGAAGUAAUAACUAUUACAACCGACCAUGGAAUUUCACGCGCACUCGCUACCUCAAGUAAUUUAGCAGCUUCCAAAAAACGUAAGCGGCAUAUUGCAAUCGACGUAGAAACAGAGCGAGCUAAAUUACAUGCGUUAUUAAAUAACAGUCACAUGACGUCCCAGGCUCCCUCAGGUUCUUCAGGCCUAAGUAAACCUACAAUAUCUUCCAGUAAUUGGGACACCAAUGACGAUACUCAGUCUGAUGAAUCUCGGCGAAUAAUUUCACUGCAACCGCCUCCAGCCCAUCAGCAUACUCGUACUCCCAACAUGCCAUUUGACAUUAAGUAUACAACUCCUGGUAAAACUACAAUUAUUCCUGGUACUUCAAGCACAUUAACGCCUAUUGAUUUGUCAUCUAAUUAUACAAAAGGUGUCGUUGAUUCUAAUAAAGACACUACGAAUGAAGCUCAAGAUUUUUCUAUGCCUAAUAAAAAUAAACAAAGUAACAGUAAUAAGGGUAAGCUAGACAGUAUGUUAGAUAAACUAAUGAAAAGGAAAAAUUGCCCUGUUGAUGAACCGAUAGUUGGAAAAGAAAAGAAGCGUAAAAAACUUGAUGAGAUUGUUUUAGGACUUAGUGCUGCUAAAGAGCAACAGGAAAAUACCCAUUUUAUGGAACAUAAAAAAAAUACGAUUACACCUAGUGUAACAGUAACACCUGCUUCUGUUCCUGCGGGAUUUUCAAACUCUCUAUCGACUGGACAAAAACCAUUUUCUAUAACUGUAACAUCGAUUCCAUCAUCUCGAACUUCUGGGUCCUCGUCAAAUUUGCCAGCGUCUUCUUUACAUUCCCACAAAGAUAAUUUUUCUGUUCUUUUUAAUCAAACUGAACAACAAAAUCGUGAUUUGAAAAAACAAGAGUUACAUCAAAGUCAGCAACAACAACGACACCAUCAACAACAGCAGCAGCAGCAACAACUACAACAACAACAGCAGCAACAACAGCAGCAGCAGCAACAACAACAGCAGCAGCAGCAACACCAGCAACAACAACAACACCAACAACAUCAACAACAUCAACAACAACAACAACAACAAAGUUUUAACUCAAGUCAUAUGUCAUCGAGUAAUCACCGUAAGAAUUACGAAGCUAUGAUUGCAGACAUGAGUAAAGUUGCUGAAUAUUCAAAAAUAAAUUCAUAUUCUCAUGAAGCCAAAGUAAACAAAUGGCUCGCUGAGCAGACAGCUAUUUCCGAACAACUAGGAGCUGAGUACCUCAAUACUCCUAGAAGACGUCGACCACGAGUUGACCCCUCACUUCUUGAUUGGAAGAAACUUACUGGCGAAGAAAACGUUGCUGUAGUCAAUAGACUGACUGGAAAAAAGGUCACCGGAAGUAAAGCACCACAACUGAAAAGACUCGGCCAGUGGUUGAUAGAAAAUCCAAUAUUUGACGUAGAUCCUAAAUGGGCUGAACUUGUAAAAGAACGGGGUAAUCUUCCACAUGAUUUGCAUAAAAGAGUUCCGGGCUCAGAGCGUAGCAACAGUAAAGGAAAGAGUCCCGGCAGGCCACCUAUGAUGCCAAGCCCGACAAGCCAAGCAUCCACUAAUCCAUCUAAUAUGCCUACCACUUCAAUAGCUUCUCAAUUAAACUUCCCUGGACUCAGUAAUUCUCUUUUGUCGACACUAUCCAUGGGGAAUUUCGAUCCAAAAAACAAUCCGCUUCUAAUGCCUUUUGGAAGUCUACCGAAUCUUGGGGCUCUAGGCAGCCUUGGAAAUAUAAGCAACAUGAACCUCACAAAUUCGUUUUUCGCUAAUCUCGCGGGGCUCGGGUUGCCAUCUUUAACUGGCAUGGAAUCAGUUUUAGGUGGAUCUACACCAACCAGUUCAACGGAAACUAACACAGCAACUUCAUCUAUGAAAAACGUCGGUUCUAUAAUGAGCAGCAGUAGUAGUACCAGCAAUGCUACGAAAUCACGGGGAAAAGUAGAUCUGGCAACUAGUAAAGCUAUGACACCAUCUACUUCAUCUUCGUCAUCUCUACCAACAACGACUCCGUUCCCAUUCUUCUUUCCAAAUCCAAGCUUACUGUAUACACCUUUGGGUUUGGGAAGCUUGAAUCCAUUUUCUAUUCAGCCUGGUGGAGUGUCCUCGGCCUAUGAGAGUCUCGCACAAUGUGCGCUUCUUAACUCAUCUGCAUCUAAUGCUUCGCCAUCACGAAAAUCAAACGUCUCGAUGAGUAGUUCUCGCCAAAAAGAUUUUUCAGUCGAUUCUUCUUCUAAAAAGAAAGAGUCGGAUAAAAAAACUGGAUCAUCUUCAACAUCAGGUUUCCGAUAUCCCAUUGACUCCACCUUGAUGUUACAGCAAUAUGCGGACUUUACUUUACAUAACGAUGACAAAAAGCGUGCGGACUCGGAAAAAAAAGAAGUCAUUGACUUGAAUGACAUCACUGAUUUAUCUGCGCGGUUUGAAAAGAAAACUAAAGAACAAGAAAUUAAAGGAUCUUUGGAGCAGUUGAGUAAAGCCAACGCUGAGCUUUUAUCGAGAGGUCAACAUAUAGAAGAACUACACAGAUCUCAGAAACGAAGUCGAACUUCAGAUAAUCCGAUAACAGAUCAACAGGUGCCUUCAUCUUUGGAAGUUACACUCGAACCAGUCCAGAAAAAAAGUCGAGUUUUUGAAUCUGAAGGUUCUAAUCUUGCUUCAAUAAAUGAAUAUAACGUUGAACUUGAAACAGUAAUAAAACCACUAUCUAUAGUUAAAAAGUCUCAAGCAUCAAAUUUGACGCUUCAAGCAACUCCGUCUUCAAUUGGAUCUACAGCAGCUAUUCCUAGCUCGACUUUGACUUCAUCGUCAGAACAAUUACAUGAAUUGCCACAAGAAGAAUCAAAUAAUAAGUCACUUAAUGCUUCGAAUGAUAACAAAGAAUCUACAAAUUCAACGCCAAGUCAUGAUUUAGAUCAACAAGAAAAAGUUAAAUCAGAUAGUAAUAGAUCUAGUAGUUUUGUUGAGCCCGAAGAAGAUGUUAAAAGUAUGAAAACUAUUAAUAAAAAAUCGAGAGGUGGGAAAAAAGUACUGAUAGAUCAACCGAUAGAACGAAAAAAUCUACGAUCUAGUGCUGGGAGACAAGCGCGCGCGGCUGCAGAACGACAAGCAAAGAUGGAGGGUGAGCAACUUCCGCCUGAUCAAGAAAGUCAACAAACAGAUAAUUGAAUCUACUAAAGUUUAAAAAAAAAAAAAUAAAAUAAAUUCGUUUAAGAAUUUGAUAAUAAGUGAUAUCCUUUAAUUAUGUUUUAAAAAAUGCGAAUUUAUGCUAGAAAAAUAAUAUCCUAGAGUACAUGGAUUACACUAACGGAUAUGUAUUUAAACUACAUGAAAGUUUGUGAUGAUAAAUUUCAUUUAAAUCAAUAAAAAUAAAUGAUUCAUCGCAAUAGUAUUUUAUGGGAUAUUUUAUGUAGUAAUUGUCAUUUAAUUAUGUUAGUAAUUACAGUUAUUAAAUAUUAAUUAUACUAAUGUUAAGUAUACUUUUUUUAAUCUUUUUGAUUUUUGACCAAGGACUGUUUUAUAUGUUAUUAAAACUUGAUAUACUAUUGUAUGCAUAAUAAUAUAACCAUACGAUUUAUAAAAAGAGAAAAAAAAAAAUUGUAGCAUAGUUUUAAGACUAAAAUGUAAUGUACAUAUUAAAAACAAUCUACUUAGAAUAAAUUAAACGAAAGAAAUCGUGUAUUCGAAAAUGUAUAUAAAUCAAUAUAAUGUACUUUAUUUAGAUGAAAUAAUAAAUGGCUUCUUUUGUUGUUUGCAAAUAUA